AGCAAAACAGCUUUCAUAUUUUUGAUUUUUUUUAAAGAGAUACAUAUUGCAAUGGAAGAUGAAUUAGAUAAGGUACAAAUAGUUACUAGGAGAAGGAGAGUGGUUUCCUAAAAAAGCAGCUGUUUCCUGGCCAACAUUGACCAAAUGUCUUUCAGCUGGUCCACAAUAGAGCGAGACAGCCCUGGUACACAGGGCGGCAAACGUACCAAGAUGUCCCACCACAUCACCAGCUGGGACAUCAAUGAUAGUCUGGCGGCAGACUUUGAUGGCUCCCUGUCGGGGCUGGGCACAGAGCUGGGUACUGCAACCUAUAAUAUGAGUGAGGCACUGCUGGCUCUACCUGUUUUCAAGCAGGAGAAUUUAGAUAAUGGGUUCCAGUACAUACUAGGAGCAGCAACCUCUCCAGCUGUUAAAAUAAACGAAGAGACACUUACUUAUCUAAAUCAGGGUCAAUCAUAUGAGAUCAAGCUGAAGAAGCUUGGUGACUUGUCAGACAUGCAGGGAAAAUGUCUCCGGAGCGUUGUUAAAGUUUGCUUUCAUGAGAGGCGACUGCAGUACAUGGAGAAGGAACAGUUGGAGUCGUGGAAACAGCUUCGGCCUGGAGAACGAAUCAUGGAUAUAGAUAUACCCUUGUCCUAUGGUCUAAUGGAAGUAAACCUGGAUGGUAUGGACACAGGACCGUCCGCUGGGGGUCUCAUGGACACUCAGAAUACUGUCCGCUUGAAUGGAGCGGAGGUUGUGUGGGACCCCACGAAGGAGGCAGGGGUCUACAUCCGGGUCAACUGUAUAAGUACAGAGUUCACAGCUAAGAAACACGGCGGGGAGAAAGGCGUGCCAUUCCGAGUCCAGGUGGGGACAUACGCCAAGGGGGACAAAUCCAACAAGUUUUUACACUGCGCCUCAUGUCAGAUCAAGGUGUUCAAGCCUAAAGGUGCAGACAGAAAACACAAGCGGGACAGAGAGAAAAUGGAAAAAAUGUCAGAAACAGAAAAAGAGAAGUUUCAGCCGUCCUACGAGUGUACAGUAUUGACGGAGGUUCCUUUGGAGCAAGUGUUGCGAAUCCUAGCAAAAUCAGCUACUAUAGGGGUGAAGUCCCCGUCCACCUUCUCAAGUCUGGCUCAGAGCUUCUCCGAGCUCAGUGCUACAAGGUCUCCAUCCGUCACAGUCAUUGGUCAUUCCCCCUUACGGACUGCUGGGCCGUCCUCUGUCACAUCAACACCCAACCCCUCGGGGGACAACCCAGGGGACGGGCUCACUCCUAUCAUUAACAAUCGCACCUCAUCUGACAGUCCAAUAGACCCUGUCGCUCCAGGGGCGCUCUCUGCUGAGGCAACAGCCAAUCAGGUGACCGCCUGGCUACAGGCCAACAGAUUCUUCAACUACAGUCGGGUAUUCCAAAAUUUUUCAGGGGCUGAUAUUUUACGACUAUCUCGAGAAGAUCUCAUACAAAUCUGCGGGAUUGUUGACGGAAUCCGGCUAAACAAUGCGUUACAAGACAAAGCUGUCCGACCAAGGCUUACUAUCUUUGUAUGUCAAGAAAGUGACUCAGUGUACCAUGCCCUGUACAUGGAGAGCCUAUGCAGUCACGAGUUAACAUGUAAGCUAGCAGCACUAUACAGCGUGGGGCCAGAACAGAUCGCCGAAUUAUAUUGUCAGGGACCCUCGGAUAUCUAUAUACUGGUCACAGAUGAGGUUGUGGGCAAUUUGGAUGAUCAGUCAAGAUUUUGUGUGGAGGCCAUAAAAUCUGACUCCUCAAAUCAGUACAAGGUUUUAUUGAAGACCAUAAUCUGACAGUGCACACACCGUUACUGAAGACUGGAUAUAUACAUAAGGCAUGACUGAAAACAGGAUAUUAAGUGUACAAGGCUUUACUAAAGACCGGAAUAUAAAGGGUACAAGAUGUUACUGAAGACUGGAAAUAUAAUGUAGCAGACUGGACUGAAGACUAGAUAUUAAGUAUACAAGGAGUUUCUGAAGACUGGAUUAUAAAGUGAGGAAGGCGCUAAUGAAGACAUUGCCUCAUAUCAUACAAGACAUCACUGAUGCUGUACAAGGCAUCACUAAUGCUGUACAAGGCAUCACUGAUGCUGUACAAGGCAUCACUAAUGCUGUACAAGGCAUCACUAAUGCUAUACAAGGUCACAUAAUGUACUGCAUUACUGAUGCUGUACAAGGUCGCUGUACUGUACAAGGCAUCACUGAUGCUGUACAAGGUCACUGUUCUGUACAACAUCACUGAUGCUGUACAAGGUCGCUGUACUGUACAAGGUGUUACUGAUGCUGUACAAAGUCGCUGUACUGUACAAUAUCACUGAUGCUGUACAAGGUCACUGUAUUGUACAAUAUCACUGAUGCUGUACAAGGUCGAUGUACUGUACAUUAUCACUGAUGCUGUACAAGGUCGCUGUACUGUACACUAUCACUGAUGCUGUACAAGGUCACUGUAAUGUACAGUAUCACUGAUGCUGUACAAGGUCGCUGUACUGUACACUAUCACUGAUGCUGUACAAGGUCACUGUAUUGUACAGUAUAAAGGUUGCUUUAUAAGGUGUUACAAACUGUUGUUAAUUGUUGUGUGCCAGAGUUAUGGAAGCAGUGUGACUUAUUAUGUAUAUUCUGAAUUGUUUUGUUGAUGAGAGUAAGUACCUAUGUCAGUUAUUUUGUUGGUGUUGUGGUGUUACCCAGCGUGGUAUCGUGUAUAGAACACUACAGAUCAGGAUAUAAUAUGUAUCAUGUUGUUAUUGUUGAGAAACUGUAUUAUAAGGAUGUUUACUUUGAAGUCUUCUCUUAAGUGUAAUUAGGACUAAACUGUGUGGUCCACUUAAAUGUCAUAAGGAUGUAUACUCUUUGUGGUCAACUGUACAGUGUAAUUCAGAUGUACUGUGUGUGGUCCAAUGUACAGUGUAAUUAGGAUGUACUCUGUGUGGUCCACUGUACAGUGUAAUUAGGAUUUACUCUGUGUGGUCCACUGUACAGUGUAAAUAAGAUGUACUCUGUGUGGUCCACUGUACAAUGUAACUAUGAUGUACUCUGUGUGGUCCACUGUACAGUGUAAUUAGGAUUUACUCUGUGUGGUCCACUGUACAGUGUAAUUAGGAUUUACUCUUUGUGGUCCACAGUACAGUGUAAUUAGGAUGUACUAUGUGUGGUCCACUGUACAGUGUAAUUAGGAUUUACUCUGUGUGGUCCACUGUACAGUGUAAUUAAAAUGUACUCUGUGUGGUCCACUUAAAUGUCAUAAUGAUGUAUACUCUUUGUGGUGCACGGUACAGUGUAAUUAGGAUGUACUAUGUGUGGUCCACGGUACAGUGUACUUAAAAUGUACUUUGUGUGGUUCACUGUACAGUGUAAUUAAAAUGUACUCUGUGUGGUCCACUUAAAUGUCAUAAUGAUGUAUACUCUUUGUGGUGCACAGUACAGUGUACUUAGGAUUUACUUUGUGUGGUCCACUGUACAGUGUAGUUAGGAUGUACUAUGUAUGGUCCACUGUACAGUGGAAUUAGGAUGUACUCUGUGUGGUCCACGGUACAUUGUAAUU